CGAAGGUCCCAUCCCAAGAAACGUGUCCCACGCGCCACGCCGUCGGUUUCCAGGGCAACCCGGAGCCUCUCCGCAAUCCCGCGCGCAACUUGGGUUGGUUCCUGGCGCCCCCAGCCUGGCCAUGACGGCCGCGGGUCCCAGCGUCUUCCUACUCAUGGUCAACGGGCAGGUGGAGAGCGCCCAGUUUCCGGAGUAUGAUGAUCUCUACUGCAAGUACUGCUUUGUGUAUGGCCAGGACUGGGCCCCCACGGCGGGUCUGGAGGAGGGCAUCUCACAGAUCACGUCCAAGAGCCAGGAUGUGCGGCGAGCGCUGGUGUGGAACUUCCCAAUCGACGUCACCUUCAAGAGCACGAACCCCUACGGCUGGCCGCAGAUCGUGCUCAGUGUAUACGGACCAGACGUGUUUGGGAACGAUGUAGUCCGAGGCUACGGGGCAGUGCACGUGCCUUUCUCACCCGGCAGGCACAAAAGGACCAUCCCCAUGUUUGUCCCCGAAUCCACGUCUAAACUGCAGAAGUUUACGAGCUGGUUCAUGGGACGCCGGCCUGAGUACACAGACCCCAAGGUGGUGGCCCAGGGUGAAGGCCGAGAAGUGACCCGCGUGCGCUCACAGGGCUUUGUCACUCUCCUCUUCAACGUGGUGACCAAGGACAUGAGGAAGCUGGGCUACGAUACUGGGCCUCCUGACACACAGGGCGCCACGGGGCCCAGCCCGCCCCAGGGCAUCCCCCGGUGAAGGCCCCCACUGGGCCACGGCCACAGCCACUGAAUUUGGCCAUGCCGCCUCCAGAGAACGCAGGGCUGUCCUUCUGGAGAGCUGGCCAGGGAUCCAGCUGCUUGAUGUGCAGCCUCGGGGGGGCUAGGAGGGUGGGGGUAGAUUUUUAUAUAAUAAAGCAUCACCUUUCCCCAGAGCCCAGGCCCGGAGCUGCCUCCUCUCCCUUCAGCCCUGCCCCCCACUCCUUGGGAGCAGGUCACUGGGGCCGGCCUGCCUGCCUCCCUGAGCUGGACCAGGACCUGUCCCCCGCCCCGUACUGCUUAGGGCACAGAAGCUGCCCGGAGAAGCACACGAGACAGCCACCUGGGUUGUGAGCUCUGGUUCAGGCCCGCUUGGUCUGUGCGACCCUCCCCACACUCCUCUCUAACACAGGAGGGAGAUGACAAGGUUUUGGGGCUCAGGAGCACUUGGCCCUUGUGCGAGGAGAAGAGAAUCAGAUCGAUGGUAGCUGCAGGGAGAGG